AUGGGGAUCAUGUUCCUGUCACAGACGGCACUGGGAGUCCUGGGGAACUGUGCCUGCCUGGGCUACUUCAUUCUCACUGACAUCACUGGGAGAAGGGCGAAGCCCACAGAUCUCAUUGUCAAACAUCUGACCUGGGCCAACUUCAUAGUUCUUCUCUUUAAAGGAAUCCCUCAGACAAUGGCUUCUUUUGGUCUGAUUUAUUUUCUAGAUGAGGUUUCAUGUAAACUUGUGUUUUAUUUUUAUAGAGUAGCCAGAGGAGUAUCUCUUGGUUCCACAUCAGUCUUGAGUAUUUUCCAGGCCUUGAUGAUCAGUCCCAGUAAUUCCAAGUGUGGAAAGUUCAAGGUCAGAGCCCCCAAGUUCAUUGGUCCUUCCUUGGGCCUGUGCUGGGCCCUGCAACUGCUGCUAAAUGCCUUCAGUCUCAAGACUGUGGCAGACACGAGGAGGGUAAGAAAUCUGACUGUGCUGAGAGAUUUUGUACACUGUGCUGUGAUAGACCCAGAUAACUUAAAGCACCCACCGUAUCUAUUCCUGUUAUCCUUCAUUGACUUCACAUGUGUGGGACUCAUGUUGUGGGCCAGUGCCUCGAUGGUGCUUAUGUUAUGGAAGCACAAACAGAGGGUACAGCACCUCCACAAAUCACUGUCUACUCGGUCACUGCCUGAGAUCAGAGCCACCAAAAGCAUCCUCGCCCUAGUUACCAUCUUCCUGCUCUUAUACACGACCUCUUCCAUGUUAACUGUAUGUUUUCACUUAUUUGAUGUCACCACUUUCUGGAUGCUUAAUGCCAAAGUAGCAAUGUCUGCAUGCUACCCAGCCUUCUACCCCUUUCUGCUCCUCAGCCACUACAGCACUGCUUCUCAGCUCUGCUGUUCUUGUUCAUAUGACAGUGGACCAGGGCCUCAUAUAGUCAGAGAGCUCUAA